AAAUUUAUAAUGAGAAAACGUUAAUUUAUAAUGACAUCGGGUUUACUGCUUUGAGGUUUUGAACUUUAAUUAUUUGAAUUUCAUCUAAUUGUGAAAGUAGGCGUCUCACUCGUAGUUUUUUCAUUGCGCCCAAUGAAACGUAACUACAUACAUAUAGACAUUUGUACGUAAAAAUGCAGUUUCAAGACGAUUGUGCGAUUUGUCUUACAAAUAUGAAGUAUAGCAGUGUUUCGCGUAUAUUAAACUGCAAACAUUUAUUCCAUUCAAAGUGUAUUGCACCAAUUGUAUCGCGGAAUGAGACGUGCCCGAUAUGCAGAAAUAAUAUUGUUGGAACACAGAUUUGUGAGAGGAAAAUUUAUAAAAAAAUACCGA